AGAUGGGAAAUCUGAACCAUUAACUCUAAAGAAGGUUAUAGAACAAAAUGAAUAUGGUAAUAGUUAUGAAAGAUACACUUUAAACAAGUAAGUUUAUAUGUAUAAAAUAAUUGUUUUUACAUUCAAUUAUUGUACAUUGUAUAUAUAUACCAAACUUAUUAGGUAAUUCUUAAAAUUUUAGUGAAAAAAAAGGUUCGAGUGAAAUUUGUUAUGUCAAAAUCAAGACCACCAGAGACAAAUCAAACAAUAAGUGAACAAAGUGAGAACAUUCCUGCUACUAAUGCAACAACUAAGAGUGUGUCUGCUACACAUAACACAACUGACAAAGAGAGUAGGGAUGAAAGCAAGCAAGAAGAAGUUCAACCAAAAGUGCAAAGCAAUCCAGUAAAGAAUAGUCUUGGCCAAAAAAAACCCAAAGAUGAUGCAAGAAUAACAACAUUAAAGGACAAGAUGCAAGAAAUACAUUUAGACAUAGAGAGAAACCCAAAGAAGUACAAAGAAUCGACAAUCAAAAUUAUGAGAAAUCUCAAAAGAAUGGAAAAGGCAAGCAAGGAAAUCAGGAAAGGUAAAUGAUCAUAUUUAUUGAAUAUUUUUGUUUAAUAGUCAUAAAUAUCAAUUUUAACAAUACUAUUACUUUUGAAGGUGAAGCAAAAAAGAAAGAAA